AAUGACAGCCGAGUAGCUUCGAUUGAAUAUAUGACGUCAUCAAGACGCCAUUCGUUACGAUGUAAACAUGGUUUUCAGUUUAAAGGCGCUGCUGUUUUUGAAUUGUGCUAUAUUUGUUCUGCAUCCUGCACUGGGUAGGCGGGGCCAUUAUCGCCAUCCCAAUAGAGGAGGAAAUCCACAGCAACAACUCCAUAAUCAGCAACUGCUGCAACCGCAAGGGCAGCAGCAACAGCAGCAACCGCAACAGCAAUUACAUCAUCAGAUUCAUCCAUCUCAUUCUGGAGGAAAUCAGAAUCAUCAUCAGAUGUUUCCUGAACAACAACGGCAGAGACAACUGGCUCAGCAGCAGCAACAGAUUCAGCCAUCUGAUUCUGGAGGAAAUCAUCAGAUGUCUCAAGACCGACAACAGCAGAGACAACAACUCGCUCAGCAGUUUGAAGAACGACAACGGCGGAGACAACAACUCGCUCAGCAGCAGCAACAGAUUGAACCAUCCUCCCAAACAGCAGCUGGACCUGGCAGCCCAGAACAUCACCAUGGCAAUCAAGCCUCCCAAACAGCAGCUGGACAUGGCAGCCCAAAACAUCACCAUGGCAAUCGAGACCCAUGUGCCGGUAACAAUUGCUUCAAUGGAGGAACAUGUAAGCCAGACAUCAAUGGUCCAAACGGUGGAGGUUUUGAAUGUAUUUGCAGCAUGAAACGACGAGGAAAAUAUUGCGAAAAAAAGAUGCAUGAAUGCAGAAUGUUGGCGUGCAAGAAGAUCCGUGAUUGUGGGUCAUUAUCUACUGGCUCCACGUGUAUAUGCACUACCAAAGACGGCAGCAGUCAGGCGUGCGUCAUGGACAAGAAGUCAGGGAAGAGGUCGUUCUGGAAGUCGUCUAAAUCGAAGAACAAGAUCAUCAUGGCUGUGACGGGCUCGUUCAUACUGCUAUUCUCCUUGUGUCUGUGUAUGCAUUGCUGCAGGGCAAGAUCUCGAAAGAAACAGCUUGAAGUCAACUACCGUGAGGCGGUGGAAAGUGGAUACCAGCCUCUUACUAGCCCGCCCUCUCUUAUGGCAGUCAGUACAGACCUUUUCAAGUCAACGUUCUGUUGUGCCAAGUCAUCCUUCCCAGAGUCUUACAUUCCCGGUGUCCCAACAAGAUCAACGUCAGACCAUGCGCAAAAAAUGGUCGUUGUUGAGCUUCCAGAGGCUGUCAGACAGUCCACCAGAAGUCUUCUGAACGAGGCCCAGAGCAGGGGUAAUGUCCGGUUAUCGGCCCACACGUUACCCAGCAGUCGUUUCAACGGGCCUUUACAAAGGUCUACCAGCAUUUUAAGAAACCCGUCGAAAACGUAUGGUCAGAGGAAUGAUUUGCCAGAAGCUAUUGAUGACGUAAUAAGGAAACACAGUUCAAGGUCAAUAGGGUCCCGCAGCCAUAUUCCUGCCUUCACUGAUGCUCCAGAUGAGGUGGUAGCCAGUAGGCUCAGUCAGGUACAAAUGCAGCGAUUAGAACUGGCCGAGGAAGCAUCAAACACUUGUCUUCCCAAUCCCCCGGAUGAUGAAGAUGAUGAGGAUGAUGGAGAGGGCAGCGAGUCCGGGGAAUCAGAACCAGAACUGAAACCACAGGUUAUUGCUUCUGGGUCCAUGAGAGGCUCCCUGAUACAUGCUCCACAAAGACGGAGUGACGAGAAGAUGUAUAAUAUGUCUACAAAUGCAAGGUUUUGCUCUAGGAUACCAGAUAUUACAAGGUCAGGAAGAAAUCAAAAAGCAAUUUGGGAUCUUCAGGAACAGCUGGGUCAUUUGAGAUUGAAAUAUGAGAAGGGCAUUCAACAGCGCAGGAAACUAGAACAUGGCCAAAACAUGCCUUUACGUUUUCAGUAAACAUGACUAGUGGUAUUGUUUGUGAGAAAAUAUCAAACACUGUGUUCAUACUUAUUUAUAAAUAAAAUAAAUAAUUGUAAGUAAAAACUGUCAAUAAUAGUGGCAAAAACAUCUCUUUACUUGUUUGGUGACCAUUCACGUAAUAAUGGUCAUGAGUGAUAACAUAUCAAGAAUUAUUAAGAAUUGUAUGAAUUGUUUGUAAUUAGAAUAAAUCAAGUUAAACCAUUUGAGCAUCCUACACUGUGUAGUGUAUUGAAUGUAUAAGCUUUAAGGCUAAGGUCUGAGUUCACUUGCACAAAACGACAAUUUCAAUGACUGAAAUUGCUAGUUCCAUAUACAUUGGACGUGUAUCAUACUGGUAAAUUAUUUAUCUUCUUCUGCAACACAGUGGAUCUGCUCAAUGUUCAAAAGGGUCUAACAGACAGUAUGCCAGGGUUUAAAGUGAAAGUUGACUUGAAUACAUUUUUUUAUAAUAUAAAGUAAGUAUGUAAAAUAUGUGAUAUAUUUAUCGUUAUGCUGGCUUUGGUGUUAAUUUACAAGACGAAUAAAAGUGUUAUUUUACUCUGUUAAAAAAAGCUUUUAAAGAUG